AUGUCUCUGAGUGCUGAAGAAGUGAGGAAGGCGGAGGGGGUUCCUGGCGCAUUCCCGUCCGAGGAUACCAUCACCAAGUCUGAACUCAAUAAUGCCAGCAGCACGACGCCCGCCAUGACUGGUUCCUCCCGUCAAAACAUCGCGCACACAUCUGCUGGGGCUGGCAACACAUCCGCGUACACUGCAAGCCCGGCCGACUCAGACCCGGAUCACCUCCUCCGGCGCGCCGGUGCAGAGGGCGUGCCAGUAUCAGGGGCAACGUCGUCUGCCACACAGGGACUGGGCUCAGGAGCCUCUACGUCCUCGGUAGCCAACCCGCUAAGUGGCCCGACCACUGCUGCUGACGAUGGUUUCGGGGCGGAAAACGCACCGAACAUCACUGAGGACCUCAAGGCUCUUGGGUCCGGGGCGGCCACUGCGGCGACGGCGGUAGGGAUUGCGGCUAGGGAUGCCGCGCUGGCCGUCAAGGACGCCGCGGCACCUGUUGUGAGCUCUGCUUCUGAGCAGGCCAUGCAAGCUGCUGGAUACGCUGCUGAGAACGCUGGGCCGGUGGCGAGCACGGCAUCCGAGCAGGCCAGGGACGCAGCUAUCUAUACCAGAGACUCUGCCGUGCCCGCGGCGAAUGCUGCCUCCGAGACAGCUGGAAAUGCGGCUGGCUACACUAAGGACACAGCCAUCUCCGCGGCCAACACCAUCCAAGCAAAUGCCCCAGCCGUCCUAGGCGGCGGGACAAUAACCAACACAGCCAGCGCGCGAGACAUCGUCCCCGAGGUCCCAGGCCAGGUGAAGAGCUCCAUCGCCGAGGCAGGCGAGGCGCCCGAGGCAGCAGCGAGCAGGCGGGCGGUGCACGGCAAGGGGCAGGUCGAGAGCGAGCUGCUGGGGUACGCGGCGGAGGCCGAGGCGGACGAGGCGAGGCGCGUGGCGCCCGCGCAGAAGCUGCCGCCGACGGGCCUGCCGCCCUCCGGGCUGGACUCGGGCCCGCAGACGCCCAGCACGGGCGUCGCCGUCGUGAUGGGGACCAACACCGAGCGGGCGUUCCCGCUCGGGUCGCACCCCACGCACGAGUCCUCUUCUUCCUCUGUUGGGCCCGAGGUUACGAGCGGCCUGUCGACUAGCGGGGUGCCGCAGACGAGCACCGGGACGGGCCGCGGCGUCGAUACGGGCGACGCGGAGCUGAUGAGGCAUGCUGAGGACAAGGGCACCGGGGCAGCGUCAACGCAUGACAGGAAGCCUACGGCGCGGCACAUGCCGCCUCUGGAGGACAAGGUGCCAGUGCGGUCGAGUGAGGAGGUGGCUGUUGGGACAGGGCCGAGUGCCUACAAGACUCUGAGCUCGGGGACGCCGAGUGGUGUUGGGCAGUGA